GAUAGGAAAUAAACAUAAUACAUCAUUUCGGUCUUAGUAGUAACUGGUUACUGACACGGCCGGAAUCGGCAUCGGCAGUAGGCUUUGCGCUAGCACGUAGAACGAACGUGAAUGCGCGCGCGCGUAUUGUCGUAUUCCGAGUGUAGCUGCAACGAUCGAGAUACAAAAUCACGAGAUAUGGAAGUGGCGGAUCAAUGGCGACGCCAGUGGGCUGGGACAGCCGAAUACGGGAAGGUGACAGAAGGUGGAGUAACGCGACGUGUCGCCCGCGCAAUGGAAGUUUUGCAUGCAAGUGCUCCCGGGGCACGAGUCAAAGUGAUGAGAGCGGCUUACCACUCCACCGCCGGCCCUGGAGUACCAGCUUCCUCAUAUCUUAUGCAGUCAUCCAGACGAGUUAUAACAUCAGGAUAUAAUUUUUCUGAACCUUUAUCCUUACCAUCAAAACCAUUAGAAGUAUCAUCAACACCGUUUGAAUCGUCACCGGAAGUAGAGAGCGAAAGAUUGAAUUAUAAAGUAACUGAGCCAGAUGACUUAGAAAUAUCAGAACCAUCAAAGUGGAGAACUUCAACAGGCAAAAGUUCCAUACGAAUGCCAAGUGAAGAAUCAUCGUCAGCAGAUAAUGCUAGUAUAAUAGACCUGGACUCGAGGAAUAGUAGCAGAAAUACAUUGACAAGAGGCUUCCGUGAUAAUGAAGUUAACGAAGAAAAUAUUAAGAAUAUACAUAAGAGAAACAAUCGAGUUUCUCCACUUUUAGAUGCUCCAGUUACUUUAAGUACCCUUAAAUACACAUCUCUCUUAAACGGCAGUGAUGAAUGGAAUAAUAGACGUAAAAGUUAUAGCUUCGAAGAUACUGCUCCCUUAAAUAAUAAUAGCUAUUUUAGUAACAAUGAUACAUGUAUUAUGGAUUCAUCAACAGAUAGCGGUAUUUGUAAAUCAACUGAAAUUGUAAACGAUCAUAUUAAUCAGUCAGAACUCUCCUCAAGGCGGUUUAGCAAAGAAAUAUUAUCCGAUUUGCCAGAAGAAUCGUUUCAGGACUGGUUACAAAAAAAUCGACCACACGCAAUCAAAACUAAUCGUACUAGUCCCUUAAAAGAUUACCAUAGAGAGUAUCGACCGAAUGAAAGUAACAUAUCUCUUCAAUCUAAAGGUAAAGUUACAAUAACAUUACCAAUUAUGGUGGAAAAUGAGGAUGAUUCAACAAUUAAUAAAAAUGAGAAUGAUCGUAAAACGAAAAAAGUGGGUUUUUGCAAAACAGAAUUACACUUUGCGGCUGAAUCAGGUACUGUAAACAUCAUCGCAACAGAUGAAAAGGGACCACCCUCUAAUGAUUUCAGGAAAAAGAAGAGUGUAUUUGUACCAUAUAACAAUAAAAUUGAGAAGUCGAUUACACUCUUCGGGGAGAAAUCAAAUGUACCUGAAUUAUCAACAAGUAACGAUGUAGGAAGAAACGAAAGUAUUGAUUUCGAUGAGAAUACGGCAGCUACAAAAGGUAUUCUCAAAAAUAAAAUUCCGAAACCCAAACCAUAUCUUUUGGGAGAAAAUAUGGAGCUUGGGAUUUUUAAUAAUAAUGACAAUAAUUAUGGUAAAACAACGUUUCCAACAGCUGUUUCUCUAAUAAACAGAAACUUAGAAAUAGAAAAAAGGCAAAGCAUUUCUAAUAAAAUACUCGGAAAGGAAGCAAACUAUAUUCUUGACAAUGAUUUGAGGACACCCAGUUCAGGUCCGCUGAAAACAGAGUAUACAUUCCGGGAAAAAAGUACCAGUACAUUAACUGACAAUUUCGAACAAAACAUACAAAAACAAAAAGUAAAUGAAUCUGCGAUUUUAAACAGGAGUAAACCCUUACAAGAGGCAACCACAUCGAAAUUUAAAACGCGCCAACUAAGGGAUAGUGAUUUACCAUAUUUCGGCAUCGAUACAGAUAAACGAUCAAAUCACAUAACUGACAAUCUUCAAGAAGAAAUCUUUCACUCAGUGAAACUUGUACAGAAAAUAUCUAAUAGUGUUUGUAACAGUGAGGCUGAAUCUGAUGAUAAUCCGGAGUACCAGAAUGUUUCAAACAUUAGAUAUUCUGAUGUCCCGAUUCCAAAACCGAGGACAAAACUUCUUGAAAUGAGUGAGAAUAAUCAAAGCCGAAUUCUGAACCCAAUAUUAGAAAGAGAAAGUGACCCUCACAGUUAUCGACGGUCACGAGUAAAAAAAACAAAUGAUGUUAUUUCUUCCGUAAAUCGAAGUAUAUCUGAACCACCUAAGAAAGAUUCAUAUAAUAGACGAAAUAUCGAAGUAAAGGAUUCAUCACCAAAACGAACUGUAACCAGACGGGAGCAUGAUUUAAAGACUGACAAAAGUAAAAUCACCGCUCUGCCUAUAAGUUCUAAUAAUAAACAAGUUGAAUCGCUUUAUGUAAAUAUCGAAGCUCAAAAGGGUAAAAGUAAUAAUGUGAAGAAAGUUCAUGAAAAAAGAUUAAGCAGUUCAAGGAAGGAAAAUACUGAGAGCAAAGUUAGUGACGGUACGUUAAAAAUAACAAAAGAAAAGGAACCUUACGCGAGUAUCAAAAACAAACAAACUAAAAGCGAGUAUCGCAAGCCCAAGCGGACGGAAAAAUUAACGACGCCCGAUUUUUCACAUACACGUAAUGAAGAUUUUUCCCCAAAAGAAACAAAAAUAAAAGCAAAACAUUCUACUAACAGCACAUCAAGUUCUCAUGAACAAUCAUCAGAUCCAGAAAGAAUUCGAAUUAGGAAUCAAAGCGCAACUGUUUCUGCCAAGGAAACAAUUAAAGGAGACGAAAGGAAAGGAACUAUACGACGAAGUAAAAAUACAUUACCGACAAGUACUCACACAUUAACAAAACCUGUUAAAGCGCAUAGUACUGAGUCAAGUGCUCGAGACAAGAGUCCUUUAAAAACAAAACCAAAAGAUCUUGUACCCGUAGCUGAUAAAAAUAAUAGUCAUAGCUCCUCAAAAACACGGAGGAGUAAAUAUGUUAUAAACUAUGAUGAUAAAAAUGGAACAGUAUCAUCGAUCUGCAAGAUAAAUCCUAAUCAAGAUUCUUUAAGAAAGGACUACAUACCAAUCCACAACAGACAUAUUCCUAGUGAUAAUAAGGCGAAAAGUAAAGUUAUAAAUAAAUCUGGCUUUCGUAAGUAAUCGGUGUAAGUAAACAUGUGCAUGCCUAUAAUAGAAUGCCGUUAUAAAAGAACCAUAACACGACAUCUAAAACUCAAACGUCUUUCAGUUCAGAUUCCAGAGCAACAAUGGAUUUCAAAUGAGACAAAAGAACAUAAACAUUUUAACACAAAACAAAAAUUCAGAACACAUGUACAGAAAUCUUGCCAAUUACUUUAAGCUACAAGAAGAAAAGACAACUGAAAUAUGAAACUUAAUUUAUGAUAAAUAAGAUAUUGGAUUUAAUUUUAAUAAUGAUCUCAUAACAUUUAAAAUAUAUAAAGAACUAACAUGGCUUUUACUAAUUUUGAGAAUAAAUAAAUAAAAUUUGUCAUGCUAUAUUUAAA